GUUGCUAGCGCAUGCGCAUUUUACGCAGCCGACACGAGUCAACAAAAAUAAACAAAGCCGCUGGAUCUCCCGCUCUUUUGUUUGAGAAGCUACAAGUACCGUGCUGUAUAAAGUAAUGUUGUAGUAUGUGGGAAAAAUACAUAUAGUUAUAACUACCGCUGAGUUAGUAUAACUGUGCAUCAUCUAAGUACUGUGCACCUUCGAUUCCAAAGAAAGCGUUUACGUUUUCUGUAAUAUAUUGUUACAUCUAUACUCUUAACCCCGCCGGCAGGAAGCUCACUUCAUGUACAAACAUGAAAGCGCGCGUGGGUGUUUACUAGACAAACAAGCCUGAAUUACAGUUAAAACUCUUUUUACCGUAAUAUUUUAACUCAACAUGAUUAUAAUAAAAAAACUGAUAAAAUUUCUGCUGAUGAAGAAACUAUUUAAUACUCCACAAUAGAUGGUGCUAUGGCUGUUUCUCAUAAUUUUUGGUGCCACACAUACUCAACUGGAGGUUAGACAAUGAUGUUUCAAAUCAUUCAUUAGGAUAUCAACAAAAUUUUUCGUACUCUGUGAAAACAUUAAGGAAUGAUGUACUAAUAAUUGGAUAAGGAUCAACUUUAGUCUCAAUUUGAAAAUUAAAAUAAGCAAAAUUAGACUGCAUUUUUAAAGUUAGUGCAAUUUUUUCACCCUUGACUUAUCUGAAGAAUAUAAUUUUUUGUUUUAUUGUGCCAAAUAAUACCUCAUUCAUUCUCUGUGUUUUUUAAAUAACAUAGUGAAGAUAGCAUCUGACUGAUAAACUGUUUUUCUUGUCACUAAGUCUUGUUAAUGCUAUUUUUUCUUAAAAAAUACAAUUUUUUUUUUCAAGCUUCAUUCAUUUAAUUGUACAUUUUGAAUUAUUUUUUAUUAAUAUAACAAAGAAAAAAUUAUCAUUUAUGAUCUACACAAAAUUUUAAAAUGAUGUUGGAUAAUCACAAGGUUAAUUUGUGGUUUACAUAAAAUUCUAAUAUAGAUAUUGCAUGGAAAAUUCCUGUUAAUUUUCUUAUUGUAUAAAUUUACAUUUAUGUUUCUUAUUUCUUGAUUUCAAGUUAAAGGUAUAGAAUAGAAUGUGUAUCUUAAAUAUUUUGUAAAGUAUAUUUCACAUGUUUUGACAAUUAAUGUGUCAAGCCUUUAUGUUUAAUAUAAUUUAACUAAACUAAUCAUUUUAUAUUUUGAUUGUAAAACUUAGGUGAAAAGUCUGUAUAAAACUUUUUUUUAAUUAUUUUAUUAGAAAUAUAUUUAUAACAUUUUGUUCUCAAUUGUUAAUAUUUGUUUUCAAAUAAAUAAUGAAACAUAGAAAAAAGGAGUAAAGUUAAAAGUUCGCAUUCUUGUUAUCUGCUUUCUCUCUAAAAUUUUUUUUUAAUUUCAUUAAACUCAAUUUGUUAAAUUUUGUGUGUUGUUAAAAGAUAUCUACGUUUAUUCGUCAUGUCUGGUGAAGUUUUUCUGCUUACACUUCCCGCGAGCAACAGCUCUGUCGAUACCAACGAUAAACCUUUUUCUUGUAAUAUAUGUCACAUGCGUUUUCCUCGAAGAGGUAGUUUAAAAGCACAUUAUUCUGUUCAUUCUGGUGAAAAGCCUUAUAUCUGUAGUACGUGCAAUGCAUGCUUUGCUAGAAAAGGUAAUUUAGACGAACAUGUUAAUGUUCAUAGUGACGAAAAGCCUUAUCCUUGCAAUGUAUGUAAUGUGCGAUUUUCUCAAAAAAGUUCUCUUAGUAGACACAAACUUAUUCAUUCUGAGAAGAUUAAAAAGCCUCACUUUUGCAGCAUAUGUAAUAUGUGUUUUGCCCUGAAAAGUACUUUACGUAGACAUUAUCUGCUACAUAGUGGUGCAGAACCUUAUUCUUGUAAUAUAUGUAAUAAGCAUUUUUCUGAAAAAUGUUUUUUAAAUAUACAUUAUCGUACUCAUACUGGAGAGAAACCUUUUUCUUGCAGUAUAUGUCAUGAGACUUUUACUCAAAAAGGUAAUUUAAAUUCUCACUUUCGGACUCAUUCUGGUGAAAAACCUUAUUUAUGUACCCUAUGUAAACAGAAUUUUUCUCGGAAAAGUGCUCUAAAUAAGCACAUCCUCGCUCGUUCCUGUAAAACUCCUUAUACUUGUAGUAUAUGUAAUGAAUGUUUUUUUAAAAAAAAAGAUUUGCAAGUUCAUGUUCGUACCCAUUCUCUUGAAAAGCCUUAUUCUUGUAGUAUAUGUCAGGCAAGUUUUAAAAAAAAAACUCUUUUGAUUGAACAUAGUAAGUUUAAUUCGUGUAGUGAAUGUAAUAUGUGUUUUUCUUACAAACGUCAUUUACAUGAACACAAUAUUAUACAUCAUGUUGAAAAGCCUUAUUCUUGCGAUGAAUGUGAUUUGCAUUUUUCUCACAAAAAUGAGUUCUACAAGCAUAAGCGUGUUCACAAUGGGGAAAAGUCUUAUUCUUGUAGCGUAUGCGAUAAAGAAUUUUCUAAAAAAAGCCAUUUAAAUGCGCACUAUCCGGUUCAUUCUGCUGAAAAUCCUUAUCCAUGCGGCAAAUGUAAAAAGACUUUUUUUCAGGAAAGUGCUUUAGAGAGGCAUAGCCGUGUUCACGUCGAUAAAAAUCCUUAUAUUUGUAGUAUAUGUAAUGCAUCAUUUUAUCAAAAGUAUAGUUUAAGAAUUCACAGCCGUGUUCAUAUGGUUGAAAAGGAAAAGCCCUAUUCUUGUCAUAUAUGUAAAGCACGUUUUUCUAGAAAAAUUCUUCUUUUUCAACAUAAAAGGCUUAAUUCUUGCAGUGAAUGCAAUAUGUGUUUUUCCCAUAGAAGUGAUUUGAGUAAACAUACUUGUGCCCAUUCUGUUGAAAGGCCUAAUUCUUGUAGUGUAUGUAAAGCGAGUUUUAAAAAAAAAACUCUUUUAAUUGAGCAUAAUAAGUUUUAUUCUUGUUUUGAAUGUAAUAUAUGUUUUUCACAUAAAAGUAAAUUAAGUGACCAUAUUCGUGAACAUGGUUGGCGUAUUAGAAAGUCUUAAAAUAAUUUGUCAUUUUUGUUUAACUUUUUAAUAUCUUGUUUCUUGUAUAUGUGUUUCUUGUAUGUCUGUAAUAUUCUUGUAUUUGUGUUUUUCCCAUAGAAGUGAUUUGAGUAAACAUAAUUUUGUCCAUUCUGUUGAAAAGUCUAAUUCUUGUAGUGUAUGUAAGGCAAGUUUUAAAAAAAACUCUUUUAAUUGAGCAUACAAGUUUUAUUCUUGUUUUGAAUGUAAUAUUUGUUUUUCCUACAAAAGUAAAUUAAGUGACCAUAUUCGUGAACAUGGUUGGCGUGUUGCUAAGUUUUAAAAUAAUUUGUCGUUUUUGUUGAACUUUUAAUAAUAUUCUUUUCUAUCCGAAAAUAAAAAGUUUUAAAAAAUGA